AGGGACCUUAAAGUUGUAAGAUUGGAUGCUUUGGCUCGUCUCUGGGACGGAGGUACAUCUCCAGGAACAGAGACCUUGGUUAUUCGACAUUGAUGUUUGGAAACCUUCUUUAAUGAGGGGGAUAAUGUUGAGACUGUCUGGAUGGCUGACUAGAAGCAGAACACCUGUCCCAGAAUGAGCAAUUCUCCAAAAGUUGAUUUCUUCAAACAAGAGAUUUUCCUCCUGGUGAGAGGCGCAAACAAACAUCUGAUCCUCGCGCAAAAAGUCUAAUGACGCACAGAGGUGGGCUGCGUGACAGUGGAAACUACACCAGACUCGAAUGCUCUGGCUGAAUACAACUAAAACUACGGAACUGAGUAAAGAUCUAACUCCGGAACUUCCCUUUGCCAAACCUUACCACGUGAACAAGAACCCGCACUGCUGCUUUUGAGUCUGGGACAAACGUCUAAACAUGGGACAAGCCGAGAGCUGCAUGGACACACCGGGGGCCCCUUUAUCAGCUGAAGCAGACACAGGAGCGUCUGACAGCCUGUCCAAAGCCAACAUCAGUUUUACUCUGGACCUGUUCAAAACUUUGGGAAACCAAAAUAAAACCUCCAAUGUGUCCUUUUCUCCUUUCAGCGUCUCUGCAGCGCUCUCCAUGCUGCUACUUGGGGCCAAAGGCAGCACAGCAAAUCAGAUGAGAGAGUGCCUGAAAACUAAAAAUUGCCAAGACGUCCACUCCAGUUUUGCUGCGCUGCUGAAAGAGUUAAAAAACACAGAUUCAUUGCAUGUCCUCAGUGUUGCCAACAGACUGUACGGAGACCAGUCCUGCAAGUUCAUAAAACCUAACACCUGUCAGCGGGAGGAGACCGUCCUGUUCUACUACGCGCAUUACCACAGUCACUGUAGGGACAAUGUCGUGACUGUUAUUAAAGCACCAGUGCACUUGGCCAAACUAAAACACAAAACAGGCUAA